AUAUUUGAAGCGGUAAAUGGCAGGUGAGGUUAUGUUAGAUUAAGAGCGACAUUUGAAAUCAUUUGAAAUCUUCCUGUUUAAUGUAUUAUUCGCGAAGGAGACAUAAUCCUCGACGAAGUUCGCACAAGCGAUUAUACCACGAGAAACGUCAUCACGCGAAGAAGUUCGAAUUGCGUCAUCGUCGCAUGAAACCGGCGAAUCUGAGAUUUGAAAGUUAACUCGCGCGCAAAAGCAGAGGUUAACCGGCUUCAACGAGCGCGAUUUGGCUUGAUCUUUGCAUGACGGCAGGUGUUUGGCCAUAUUACUCUUUGCAAGAGGACAGGUGCCGAAACAAAGGAAGAAAAAAAAGGAUAGUUGUCAUAAGUGGAAGAAGAGAAGAGAGACAAGAUUACAAUGAUCGAGAUAGAUAAGAAGGGCUGCAGGGAGCUGCUGAUGCAGCGGAUGAUAUUGGCUGUUGUCACGAGCGUAAUGUUGCAAUUAUCUCUUGUUUGUUGUCUUGUCCUAUUCACGAAUCUGAGUACUGAUUAUUCGCGUUGGUUUGAGGAUACAUGGACCACAGUAAUGUCACCAAGGAUGUGGGCUUAUUUCAUCGUCCUUGCUAUGGUGACAUUCCUGCAGGGUUUUCUCUGCAGCAAGAAUUAUUUACAUCCUCCUCCGUACUACAAAAGCAGAUUCAUUAAGCUGUGUAAGACCCUCGGGAUCCAAAACUUAUUUUUACGAGCAUUAUACAUUGUUAUCGGUGGUAUCUUAGUCUGGUUGCACUUGUCACUGAGGAAAGGAAGAUACAGCUCCUCGAAUGCACACUGCAGCAUACAUGGAACAUGUCUGAUGGAGGAAUAUUAUUUCCUGUUGUUCAGUGGUUUUUGGAGCGGAUUGUAUCUCUCAAUCAAGACUGGCAAUUCUACAGGAAAAUAUUUCCGAUUUCCCAUUAUAGCACAAUCCAAAUUUUUUCAACUGAGGCAAAGAAUUUACACCAUAUUACCGACGUUGAUGAUUUCCUCUAUGUGGUCGACUCUGUAUUACAUGACUAUUUAUUAUUUCAUGGGGUCAUAUUGCCGCGAAGCGUUUCCUAUGAUUUCCAUGCAAAUAGGGGUCAAACCUUUGGACACUGUGUCUGGAUUAUUAAAUCUAUCACUGAUAUUGCAACUGUGGCUCCUUCAGUUUAUAUUUGCAUUGAUUAUCAGCAACACUUACACAUUAUUUGAAAUAUAUUUGACUGAAUGGGCUCCGUUUAAAUUUGGUUUGAGCGGUGCAUACACUCCUGAGAGCUCAGAAAUGACUCUUAUUGAUGUACUAUCAAUGGACAAAAUACCGAUAAUGCAGCAUUUGGGAUACUUAGACCUGAUCACUUUGGCCCAAAAAGAGAAAAAUAGAAGAAGUACAUUAUUUACGCUUAGUCAACCAGGUGGUCACCCUUACAAUUGGAACUGUGUGGUACAAAAGUGUACAAGUCUUCUCAAGAAAUUCUCAUCGGAUCUCACUACGAUAUCUAUAAAAUCUCAAGAACAACCAUUCUGUUAUAGCACAUUGACAGCAAGAGUCCCACCAGUUCAACAAAGCAAAUAUGUUUAUCACAUGCGGAAAUUAGUACCAGACGUAACACCAGUGUCAAUAGCAGAAAUAGAUGCUAAGGAGGAAGCUGUUUACAGCGGUUCAUUUAUUCAACACUUUAUUAAGCAGAAGAAAAAUGCUUUUGUAGCAUAUUUAUUUUCUAAGCCACUUAUCAAUUAUAUCUUUGGCGAGCAAGAUGACAAUAAAAUUCGUCACGCUUUAUAUAAUGGUCAACUGGUGAUUUGGGCAGCCGAAGCUAUUUCAUCUUUAACCGUCUUUUCGUUGAGCGAAGAUUCUUAUGGUAUUGUACAAAAAGAUGUGACAACCAUCAUCAAUACUUUAUUGUCAGUGAAGCAAGCUCUGGAUAAACUGCCGAAGUCACCUGUGUUAGCGAGAAAAAUGCGAGUAGAUGAGAAGUUGAUUCUUGGGUCUUUGCGAAGUGCGAUCAAGCGUAGUCUGUAUAGAAUUGUUACUAACUUUGAAUUAUAUAUCGAUGACUUGUCUCUUGAGGUUUCAACAAUAGAACAAUUGCAAGGCUUUCUUAAUUACAAAGAAUAGUGAAAUGGAAGCGAGUGGGACUAUAUCAGUUCCUUUAAGUUAUCUAGGUUUAAAAAAUUCCUCUAUAACUCUUGCUAAAUUGUCAAUACAGAUUAUACAAAUUUAAAAUUUGUAUAAUAUAUGUAUAUGUAUGUAUAUAACUA